AUGGAAGAAGAAUCCACAUAUGUUCAUAUGGAGAAUCCAAGAAAGAUCAUGAGGAGGUCAAUCCACACCUUUCUUAAAAAAUUUGAGUAUUUCACCACCAUUCCACUUCUUCUUAUUCUGCCCUUCUCAGCCUCAGUCCUCCUCUCACAGGCCCUUUCUUCGUCUUCUUCGCCGCUACUUCUGAUCAUCCAUGCUUGCUUUGAACCAAUCUUCCAUCCCUCUUCCCAGUUUCUCUCUCUUCUCAACAGUAAUCUUUCUCAAAACAUUUUCACCUCUGUUUUCAGUCUAGUUUUUGCACUUACAUCCCUUGUCAUAGGCAAAUUGCUCAUAAUUCAAACUCUGAUUCACCACAAAUCAUCUUUUCCACUACCCUUUUCCUCAUUCAUGAAGCUGUACAAGUCCCAACUCUUGACUCAACUUUGCAAUUCAGUCCUCAUCGUUGUUGUCAGCGCAGCCGCCUUCUCUCUUCUCUUUGUUGCCUUCAAUACCCUCGAAUCAUUUGGAUUCUCAAAAACAAACCCUCUUGCCCUUCUGGUUGCCAAAGCAGUUUUCUAUUCAAUUCUUGCCAAUGUCAGUCUCAUCUGCAACCUAGCUUUGGUUGUGGCAGGAUUGGAAAAUUGUACCGGGUUUAGGGCAAUUUAUAAGGCCUGUUUGCUUUGUUGGACUAGGAACUCAAUAGCACUUUCUAUGAAUCUUCCUAUCAAUCUGGGUAUCCUUGCGGUGGAGGGCUUAUUUCGCUACCGGGUGGUAAGAGCUUAUCAUCUAGUGGGAAGGGCUUGUCCUUCCAUGGCUUUUGAAGGGAUGUUCAUUGCUUGCUUGUAUUCCAUCCUUAUUGUGCUCGACACGAUUGCAAGUUGUCUCUUCUUCAAGAGUAUCAAGGCAACUCUAAAAGGACAACUCAUUGCACGAGACUCUUACCACUGCAUAGUCUGA